GGGUUGGCUUAGAACUAACGACUUUCGGUGGGUUCCGUACGGUGGGUGUUAAAUGUAGAGAUGAAACGUUACUGCAGCAGUUGUUUUGUAUGUGUGUACCGUACCUACCUAUAUAAUUUCGCCGGGCUUCAUACCAGACAAACUUUUGUGCGCAGGAACAUAUUUCUGUUAAUGUUACGUUUUGUUAUGGAACGUGGAGAAGGGUUUUGACGCUUCUCUCAGGGUUUGUUUUGGUCAAGAAAAUGGAUGCUUACAGGUGUAGAAAUAAGAGGGGAAGGGAAGCUUACAGGGCUCGAACAUGCGAGCCCCCGGCGGCGCUGUUACGAUCAUGGUGGUUUUGUGCUCGUGCUCCCAAGGGCUCCCAUCUUGCAUUGGUCCUACUUUCAUGGACUUUAUUAUUGGUGUUAUUUUGCAUGCCUUGUCUUGUAAAAGGUCUUAUCUCAAGGCAAAGUAAAAUGCAAGAUUGUGGGGAUCAUACUAAUGCUAGGGCUAGUCCCGUGUUAGAUUCAUUUGAACCUGUUAUUAGUGGAAGACUAGGAGAGAAUAAAGAUAUUCAAAAGUUUUAUGUGAGGGCCAAGCAUAUCUGUAGUGACCCACAAUCUUUGUGCUUCCAAAGCAGACUAACUGGCUUCCUUUCUGAAAAGGACAAAAGUCAGAAAUACUCUGAUGAAGAAUCUGUGGCAAAUGGUGGAAAUGAACAAGAGUUGAGGAAAGUCCAACUUUCCAAUGAGAUUAUGGGACAGGAUUACAUUACAAAAAGUGUAAAUUUUAAAUUAAUGAAUGAUAGGACCACAGUAUCAUGUUUCCCUUCUCCAUCAAAUAAGUCAAAUAAAAAGAUGUCUAUUCAGAUGGAGUAUCCAGAGAAGACCCAAUCUGGAUCCUCUGGAAAAUCAUCAUCUCCCAAUGUGUUAAUCAGACCAUCAUUGAUGGAAUGGGGCCCUCAGCCAUUAUUUUCUCCUUCAGUUGCAUACAUGACAGUGUUAAACUCUUGCAAUGACACGGCUUUGCACAUCUUCAAACCAUUCAGCACAAAUGCACACUUCUAUGCAUAUGGUUUUGAGGAGAUCACAGUAGCUCCUGGGGAUAUGGUUUCCAUUGCUUUUAUUUUCUUACCAAGGAUGCUGGGUCUGGCUACAGGUCAUCUUAUUUUGCAAACUAGUUCAGGUGGGUUUGUGAUUCUUGCCAAAGGCAAAGGUGUAGAGUCUCCUUACAGAAUUGAGCCGUCUACUGGGCUUAAUGCUUUCUCAGGAUCAUUAUUGCGUGACAAUAUAACGCUCUAUAAUCCUUUUGAUGGAUUACUCCUUGUAGAGGAAGUUUCUGCAUGGAUAUCAAGUCCAGAAGCAAGUUCAAUACAACCAACUGGUGCUGUCUGCAAGACAGAUGUUGCUUAUACAACCGAAGGACACAGCUUUACAUUGAAUGAAAAUGCCUGGUUUAAGUUUGGAAAAGAUGCCACAGACAUUCCAUUGUUUGGAAUAAGACCGUCUGGAGGGUGGGAAAUAACUCCACAUCUUAGCACUACAAUCAUGGAAAUUGACAUAUCUACACAUAUAGAAGGAAAAGUUUCAGGUGCUUUGUGUUUACUGCUUAAAAAUUCCUUUCAAGAGACAAGAGACACUGUGAUAGUGCCUCUUGAAGCCCUGAUUGUUAGGCAUGCAGAUGAUAAUCAGUGUGACUACCCAAUGCAUAAGGAUCUAAAUGAGGUGCUUAGUGAGGGAGAGAAAACAGUAAGAGUAGCUCUUUCAAUGAAAAAUGAUGGGUUAGAAGUGAUAAGACUGGUAGACAUGUGUGAGUGUUCUGAAAAUGGAACACUUCUUAAAAUAGAAUUCUUGGAAGGUUUGAUACUUUUACCAGGGACAGUGACAUAUAUGGCGACAGUUACAUAUAAGGUAAUUGAAAAGACUAAUUCAUGUAAAGAGAAUAAGGUUCAUCCCUCAAGCCUGUGUUCAGACUGUAGAUUACUUGUGGUCACAAAUAGUACGAAAUGGCCACAGGUUGAGUUGCCAUGUGAAGAUUUGAUUUACGAUUAUGAUGCUGAAGAACAGAAUCAUUUAUCAACAACUGGUAUCUCUGAAAGCUUUUUUGGCUUGUCGACUACUAUACAUGGACUGACGGAAUCAAUCAAUGUAAAGAGUCUAUUUCAAAGCAUCUAUGCUGCAUCUACUGAAGUCAUAGAGGGAAAAACUUUGGAGUUCCUGAGCGAUAUAGAUAACUUAUUCUUAAAGAACUGGAAAUUGCAAGGAACUUCAGAAAAUGUAUCUGUUUUAGUCCAGUCAGAACUACGGUAUCCCAUGAUUCAGAUUGGCACAAAAAGUUCUAAAUGGGUCCAUGUUAUUAACCCGAGUAAUCAACCUGUAGUGAUGCAGCUCAUUCUGAACUCAGAAGCAAUUUCAGCUCAAUGCAAAGAUGAUGGGGAAGUUUGGGAGAAUUGGGAGCUGAACCAUUCUUAUAAGACAGUUACUGGUUUGUUAACUAAAGCCCCUGAUGGCUUUAGGGGUCAGAACACUGAGGUGUUUUUUCUGCCUGAUAAUGGAAUAACAGAAGCAUAUGUUCAGCCCCAUGGCAGUGCUUCAUUUGGACCUAUAUUUUUUCAGCCAUCAAAAAGAUGUGUUUGGACGAGUUCAGUUUUCAUUAAGAAUAACCUUUCAGGUGUAGAUUGGCUACAUCUUCAGGGAGCAGGAGGAUCUGGUGCAUUAAUGUUCCUUGAGGAUUUUGAACCGAUCCAAGCAUUGCACUUUAAUAUCAACAUACCAACUCCGACAUCACCCAUGAGUGCUAUUAAGUUUUAUUCCAAUCAUAUUUUCCAAAUGGCAGGGAUGAAACCUGCUUGCACUAAGCCUGUGCUGAAAAAAUUGCUAGCCAGGAACACUGGAGAUUUGCCUUUGGAAGUGAAUGCCAUUAAUGUAGCAGGUAAGGCUUGUGGUUCAAACAUAUUCAUGAUACACCCAUGUGAUAGUUUCUUACUAGCUCCAGGAGAAUAUACUCAGCUGCUCGUGUCCUACCAAGCUGAUGUUUCAUCAGCAGCGGUUUCUCAGGAUCUUCAGCUAGCCAUGUCUUGGGGUAUUCUUGUGAUCCCACUGAAAGCAAGCCUACCUGUGUGCAUGAUUGCUCUUUGUCAGAGUUUGGUGCUGAUAGAAGUUAUUUUAAUUGUUUUUCUUGCUGCAACUCUCUUGGUUCUUUGGCGCUUUCUUGCCCUGGAGACAUCCAAAUCCACAAUUGCCGAAGAUGCUAAAUUUCGUGGGUUGAGACAUGGUGAUCCAGUAAAACAAAGGUCAAUGAUUGUUUUGAAGACACCAGAAGAACUUGCACAACUGAAAUUUUCAGGUGACCAGUGCAAGAGUCACAAAGAACAAGCAGAGCAAGACACAGAAACUCCUGCUAAGGCUGGAAGACAUGUGCGCAAAGCAACAGUGCCAGUUGAUUCUCAUGAGGAAUUGGAAGAAAACUCUGUCAUCUCUCAUUCCAAAUUGAAGCAUGAUUCUGAAGAAAAAAGUUUAAUAAAUUCCAACUUGGUUAGAGUUGAAUGUGAAGAUAAAAUUUUAGUCUCUGAAACUUCAGACACAUCAAAAUAUUCUUCUACAUUUGCUGUGCCAAACUUAGGGUGUGAGCAUGCGAAAUGGCUGCAUGAUGGUAAUUACAAAAAAUUGUCAAAGUCAAGCUUGGGUGGAAAUAAAUCCAUUGAGAAUGUCAGACCUUCUGAACCAUCAAAUGGACGGUCCUCUUUUUCGCCAAAUAGAAUUCCAGGGCCUAUGAACACAAGUGGAGGUUCAAAUUCACCAGAUUUGCUGACACAUAUGGACUUAUUAAAAAUAGCGACAUGUUCAGGGACUUUAAAACCAAUUAAGCUGGAAAAGGAAAAGGAAAAAGGCAGGAGGAGGAGGAAGAAAUCUAGUGCGUUGACGAUAAAGCAUGAUGUGUCUAGUAGUCAGAGUGGAAAUUCCACCCCAUCAUCUCCAGCAUCUCCUCUUACACCUGUUGCUUUGUCAGGACCUAUGAGUUCACUUGGAAAGACAGUAACACAGUCCAGUUUAGUCCAUACAAGUUCUCCUAGGGUCAAUGAUAUGAGACAAGAUAUGGAAGCAACUGGAAAUCAGGAUUUGCUUUAUGAAUUUCAUAAGAAAAUGCCUCAGACAAAAUUCAAUGACACCUCUCGUGCUGGUUUCAUUUCUGAUGCUUGUGACCUUGAUUUGGGUGAAGUUUGUGUAAGUAAACAGUUUGAAGAAACUUCCUCUAAGCAAACUGUAUCCUCAAAAAUACCACGUGCCACAGAAAAUUCUUCACCAAAAGCCAAGCCAAAAAAUACAGGUAAGUCUCUAGCUGUAAAUGGAGAUUGGGUCACCGUUGCAAAAAGAUCAGCUGACAGUACAUUGAACAACUCAAAGGGUAUACGUCUGCAAAAAGUGGGUUUUGAUUCCCAACUAAAGAAUUCCAAGCCACUGUUGACAACAUCUGCAACUUUUCCUCGAAGCAGGCGACGAGAACCAAAUUCAGGAUGGAAUCAUUCAAUGUUUGAUAUGAAAGAGGUGAAAUUUCCUUUACCAACCUCUCCAUCCUUGGUUUCAACAUCUGCUAUUGCUCCUCAUGCUCGUGCCCCAGGAACCAAACUUGCUAAGACUAAUUCUGUUCAAGUUGAUCAUGAUACACGUUUAAGCCCACAACCAACUGGAGAAGAUUCCACUUAUGACAUUUGGGGCAAUCAUUUUGCAAAGUUCCUACUUCCACCAAGUAAUCCUAAUUCAUCUGAUAUGACAACUGGGCUACCAAGUACAAGCAUUUUAUCAUCAUCCCAAGAAUACUCUCAAAGUCUUUUUGCAAAAUUUGCUCCAAAAUCCCAUUUGGAUAAAACAUUUAACCCAGCCGUAUCUUCAAAUCCUACAGAAUUCUGUCGUGUUUUUCUUAAUGAUUGAUGUAAAUUUAACCAUCGAUCAGAUAUCUCAAUUCACAAGCAUUCUUAUUCCCUAUGGCCAAAUUUUGCUGUGUGCCAACAUUCCGUAGUAAGAGUAGAAUGCUGUAUGUGUUUUCACUACCCUUAAGGAAGGGAGUGAAUUUCCUUUCCAAGGAUAAAUUGUACAAAUAGCAAUAAUUUUCAUAUUUAUCAUUUCACAAUCGUUCUUAUUA